GACAUCAUGGAAGCCAGAGCAUACUUCACAUUACUCGUGUGGACCUUCACAAUAAAUCACGAGGCAUUGUCAGUUGUUGUUCCAAACAAUGUCGUGAACGGCGUUUGUAUGACAAGCAAGUGCAAGGAAGUUGCAAAGAGCAUUCUUAGGGACAUGGACCAAUCGGUGUCGCCUUGUACCGACUUUUACGGAUUUGUGUGCGGAGGAUGGAUUAAAAGGACCGAAAUUCCGGAAGGAGCGACAUUUAUCAGCCGAUUAUCGGAAGCCGCACGGAUGGUGGAAGACAACAUGAAAAAAAUCCUUGAGAAACACAUGGAAAGUCAACAAGAAAAAGUUUUAAAUUUAAUGGCGACUGCUUACAAAGUCUGCAAGGAUACAGACGUAUUGCCAAGGAAAGACCUCGACGACUUUAAAAAGGCUUUCGCAAAUAAAGGUUUUACUGAUUGGCCGCAGAAAAAAAGUGAAAAGCUACCUAUGACAACUCGUAAUAUUAUCAAACGCUACGGGUGGUUUGGUCUUUUUGGAAUUGACGUCUCCGUCAAUGUCUUCCAAGUGACUAGGCACGCAAUCGUUAUGAGUCUGCCGGUGUUUGAACCCUUAAGCUUAGAGCUACUUGAGGAUCUUGAAGGGGCUGAGAUUCAAGACUACAAAACGUUUAUUGUUCAAGUGAUUACGAAAAUUAAGACUACUCUGUCGAACAAAGAAGCGCAAGAAAUAGCUGAUUCGAUUUACGACUUUGAGAUAGAACAAGUUCAAGCGAGCAGAUACCCGUCAAGUGAUGUUGGAGAGACCACAGUGUCGAAGAUUGACGAGGUCUUAAAAUCGGACCUCAAACUCAAAGAGGCCAUCACGUACCAGUUUAGGAAUAAAAAAGUAUCCCUUCGCGGAGAAGAUGGCAUUAUUGUUUGGACACCCGGAUAUUACACAUCAAUUUUUGAGAGCAUUGAAGAAAAUGGAGCGGUAGACCUUUAUAACCUUCUCGGGUGGAAGAGUGCCUGUCUUCUUAUGAAAUACUCAAGAGGAGAUCUAUUUGAGAUGUACACCGGUCUCAUGAAAACGGUAGACCCCUUAUAUAACCAGAGACCUAUCGAAAACGUAUGCGUCAGCGACCUUAUGAAGAAUAUGAAAUACGCUUUUGGCAGCAUAUAUGUUGACAGAUAUUUCAGAUCAGAAGAAAUUAAAACAGAGGUGAGAGAAAUUAGUGACAAAGUAAAAGCGUCUAUUGAAAAAAUGAUUAAAAAGAAGAGCUGGAUCGACGCAACAACACAAGCGGAAGCUCUAAAAAAGGUACUCUACAUGCAUAGCAUGGUUGGUUACCCUAAUUGGGUUAGAGAUAAAGUUAAGGUUGAACAGCUAUUUAAACACGUUAAAAGCUUCAAUUUAAAAAUGAGUUACAUUGAAAUAUCUAUGCUUCUCAUCUCAAACAAUUUGCGUGUGAACUACGAAAAAAUAAAGCUUCCGGUGCAAUCGGAUGAAGAAUGGGACAGAGAUUUCGCUGACGUUAAUGGGCAGUACAAGCCCCAGACAAAUUCUUUUGCUCUGUAUGCCGGAUUAAUUCAGGAGCCGCUCUACAUACAAGGUGCUCCCAUAGCUGUGAAUGUAGGUUCCGUCGGAUGGUUUUCAGGACAUGAACUCACUCACGCAUUUGACACUAUUGGAUCUAGAUACGAUUCAACUGGCCGGUAUCGUGACUGGUGGUCUGAAGCUGUCCGCAGUUCUUUCGAAGUCCAAGCUGACUGCUUUCGUGACCAGUAUUCGAAAAUAUAUGACAGGGAAGCUAAAGAACACCUGCGUGGAGUCCGUACAAAAGUCGAAAAUAUUGCGGAUAAUGGUGGCAUCCGAGCAGCUGUGAAGGCCUUGAAAGCGAUAAUAAAAGAAACACCAGCCGCGGAUGUGAAGCUUCCUGGCCUAGAGCAGCAUUCAUCACGCCAGCUACUUUUUAUUUCGUUCGGAAAUUCUCUAUGCAGCAAAUACACAACCAGAGCACGGAAGCAAUAUAUAAAAGUUAAUUCUCACAGUCUUCCAGAAUUUAGAGUUAAUGUGUCCCUGCAGAACUGCAACGCAUUUCAAAAGGCUUUCAGGUGUAUGCCAGGUUCUCCCAUGGCUCCUAAAAAUAAAUGCAUUUUGUGGUAA